AUGAGCGACAAAACAGUUCCCUCAGAACCGCCCUCGCGCUCUCUAGCCGGCCAGGCGGCCAUCGUCACCGGCGCCGGAUGCCUAGGAGACGGCAUUGGCAACGGACGCGCCAUAUCCAUCCUCCUCGCCUCCGACGGCUGCAAGGUCCUAUGCCUCGACCGCAAUCUCGACUGGGCGUCUAAAACGGUGCAAAUGAUCGCCUCGAAGCCCAAUCGCGGCCAGGCAAUCGCAUUCCAGGGCGACGUAACGUCCGCCACUGACUGCGAGGCUGCAGUCAAGCUUGCCGUCAACACGUUCGGGCGGCUGGACAUCUUGGUGAAUAAUGUUGGCAUUGGCGGGGCGGCGGGGACGGCCGUUGAGGUUGACAUGCUGGAGUGGGCGAGAGGGCUGGAGGUCAAUGUAUCCAGCAUGGUGCUGAUGAGCAAGUAUGCUAUUCCUGCCAUGAGGAGGAAUGGGGGGAGGGGGAGCAUCGUGAAUAUGGGCAGUGUGGCGGGGUUGAAGGGGGGCACGCCGCAUUUGCUGUAUCCGACUGCUAAGGGUGCUGUGGUCAAUAUGACGAGGGCGAUGGCGGCGCAUCAUGCUGCGGAGGGGAUCAGGGUUAAUUGUGUCUGUCCUGGGAUGCUGUACACCCCCAUGAUAUAUGGUGGGGGGAUAUCCGAGGAGGCGCGGGAGGCUAGACGCAAAAGGAGUCUACUCGGGAUUGAGGGGAACGGUUGGGAUGCUGCUGGUGCGGUGGUUUUCCUUGCUGGGCCUCACGCUAGAUGGAUAACGGGUGUUGUGCUUCCCGUCGAUGCAGGGACGACUGCUGCGGUGGGGGUCGGGAUGCCGAAAAGUGCUAGCAUCAAUGGUUAA